UUGAUCUAAUAGGCUUUUGUGUUUUUACAUUAGUAAGAUGAAUAGUGGUCAAGAUAAGAAUAUAAAAGGCUACGGUAGAGUAAUGUCUCGUGUGUAUAAUCGUUCCCAUAGCAAUCUUAAAGCAACUUCUAGUGUUUUAAGUCAUGUUUCAUCGACAAAUCUUGGCGCGAAACGUCCAUCAGUUUCGAGUGCUAGGGCUGGUGUUUUCAGUGAUUUACCGAUUGUGCUAAACGAUUACGUUCCUGAUGGUAAAAAAGACUUGAAACAAAGUUCUGUGGUUAAACCGAGGCGAACUUUAAAAUCUUUGGUGCCAGGAAAGAAACCUCUUCUUACUGUAGAGAGAAAUGUGAAGUGUAAUGAAACUGCUCGUUCUUUAAACGUGUGUGCCUCCGCUCCUACUGUGUUGGGUCGAAACACUGACGGUUGGCAUGACUCACAUGUCAGGCAUUGUUUGUCAAGUAGGUCCCAGUCUAGACUAAAGGAUUUAAAGGAUGAAAUAAAGGCAUAUCAAGAUACUGAACAAUUACUGAAGCUGAGAAGUAGACUGUACAAGAGGUGUGGUGUAGUUUUAAAUGAUGUGGGACAGGUGGCUGCGGACAAGGCUGUACAAGCUGAGGAAAUAGAUGUCAACCAAGACGACUUAAGAGCGCAGCGGCGAGCGGAUGCCGGAGCCGCUGUGUCUCACGAACAGAUGAGAUCCGGCCCAACGGUUUACCCAGUCGAUAGAUAUAUGGUUAAGAGCAGCAACAAGAUGGAAAUGGUUAAUGUCAAUGACGAUGAAAUAUGGAUUCCGACGCCGGCAAUAAGUCCCGAGGACGAGGCGAUGUUGGACAGACUGGGCGGUCUCCUGCGCGCCGCCGCCCGCGACCUGGCGCUGGUCUCCGGCCAGCUGGCCCCGCGCACUCCGCCCCCCACAGUCCUGCCCGCACCGCUAGACCAAGAGUUCAAUGAAAAGGUCCGCAUACAAGAAAUAGUCAAUGCUAAAUUUCACAGAUACAAAAUUGAAGACAAACCUUUACCCAGAAAAUCUCAAGAAACAGGAACUAGGAAUAAUCUGUGCAUAAAACCUUUCCCUAAAACCGUCAAUGCCUCUGUCCAAGUCAAUCGACUGUCGAAAUCGACAAAGACUUGUAAAAAGAACUUAGCUAUAUCGCGUACCAAAAUUGUACAAAUCGAUGAACAUUUUAGUGAUAAUGUAAAAGAUUCUAAACUUAAUAAUGGUAAGUGUAGUGCUAAUGGUCCUUUUGUUGCAUAUAAUGAAUUUUCCUACACCUACGAGGAACCUAAAGUGAAGAAUUGUAAUCAGAAACCACUGCAUGUACAAGAGAUGCCCAGCAUUAAUAUCAGAAGUGAACUAAGGGAACAGAAAGUUUUACAAUUGGAUAUCAUACCUGAACAAAAGGUGACUCCCGACAACAUAGAGACGCCGAGUAAUGUUGCCGUCAUUGCCUUGCAACACGAAACCGCACCUAAAGUCGAAAAGAGAAUCACACACUACCCGCAAGUUAUACAAACCUCCCCUCUCCCCGCCAAGCCCGCCGUCAGAAGGGUGUCUAAAAUGUUACCCUGCGACACCAGUGAAUCAACUAAUAAUUUAAGUUCAGACGCACAAGAUAGAACAGUAAGUCAAAAGGCCCACAAACCUGUGCGAUUUCAAUCUCGACGAUUAUCUGCAAUCGUAGAUAGUAAGAGUAAAAACAAUGCUAAAAGCAAAAUUACAACUAAAACACAAAAUCACCGCAACAUUGACGAGUGGAAGAAAAAAAUAAACACUAUUUACGGUCUCCCAUCCACAUCUAGAAAUCGCAAAACAGGUCCCAGUGAAAAGUUAAAAAAAUCGCCCAAGAAAUCUAAUACAGUUCGAGACCAACAAAAUUUAAAAUCUCAACUGAAUAAUGCUGAGUACAUCCCUUAUACAAAACUAACACUGGGGGGCAUUAAAGUGAGUGAUAUUGAAAGAGAAAUAUCCGAUAUCCCCGACAAAAAUAUACCUCUCAGUCCGAUCCUUGAUAAAAUAUUGUCCAGUCGAGAAAAUUCUUUUUAUAACAAUCCCACAAAAGAAGGAAACAAACAUGUUCUCACAACGUCUGAUGAAAAUUUACUCGAGGAAGUGUUGGAUAUUGAAAGAAAUGUUACCAAAACUCUGCGGAAAAAUGUCAAGGAAAAGGUAUCGCCCUCGAAAUCUAACCUGUCCAGUGAAAGUGAGAAGAGUGAUAAACAUAUGACUUACGCUGACGACUUUGAGGAGGAACGAAAUGAACAGGAGAACUCGUUGUCUGACGAUGAACUAAAAAAUGCUCCCGGAGAUGACCCACACGAGAAUAUUAAUGAGGACGUUAAAACGCACGCUCACAAUGCUACCUAUACGAAAUCCUCAAAUCUCUCACUUAAAAACUCCGUAGAUAUUUUCGAAUUCGUCCACUCGAUAGAUGUGCAAGAUCAUGCGACUCAAAGCAACCCCGUGUACAAAAUAUCACUGAAAGCGACCCAGACCUCGCCCAGAAACAUACAACCUAUACACAAUGAUCUCUGGCCUACGGAAAAUACUAGAGAUGAGACGGACAAGAUUUUAAACGAGGAAUUAAUCAAAAAACUGAUAAUGGAUGAAUGUUCAGAUAUACUGAAAAAGAACUUGGCACAGCCCUCCACGUCCAAAAAUAAAGAAGAAGGUAAGAAGAACUUUGCGGCGUCGCAGAAAAAUACGCAGACGUCGCCCGCGCACGUGCGGAGCGUCAUGACGUCACCGACCAAAACUAAGACUCGGACGACGUCACCGCUCGCGCUGGCGCUGACAGUGGACCGGCAGACCAGCCCCGCUGCGCCCGCGCAUACCCAGGAUCUGCGCAUUGAUCUGGACGAGGUCAACGAACUGGCUCUGUCGAUCAAUCUCUCCUCGCCCCGGUUCAGCUUACGACUGCCGCGGACGUCCCGUGAUGUGCUGUCCAACCUCGACGCCACCCCAAACAAGUUCGGAAACCAGCCACAUAAUCCUACAACAGUUAAAUUUAUCAACAAGUGCAGCAGUUCAAGUUCAGCGGACGGCGACUACUCGUCGUCAGACAUAAGUAGCCUCGGUGAGAUCGAGCGUAAAUUUAAAAGAAAGAUAAGGAAAAAUAAAAUUCCUACAAUAUCCGAAUCGAGCGGUUCUUCGAUCGUAUCUAAAUAUAGUUCAGAUAUUUCCAGUGUCAUUUUACCUUUAAGAAGUGAGGGGGAAGUUAGUGCGGGGAGAGGGGAUGUAAGGAAAUCUAGAUUUAGUAGAAGUGAGGGGGAAGUCAGUGUGGGGCAGACGUUGCAUUGAUGAGCCAAGUUCUAUGUUAGUCAUUUGAUAAAUGUCAGCCAUAUUUGUCUGACCACAUGCAGUCGUCUCAGUGUUUCUGAAUAUUAUG